GCAGACGUGGGUUUGAAAAGUACAAGGCUGAUAACAUACAUUUAUUUUCAAAUUACUUUGUUGUUUGGUUUUCUUGUGGUCUCUCAAAACAGCAGCUUGUGAGAGAAAGCAAUCUGAUACCUUUUUCAUUUAGCAGAAAUUAGGUCACUCAGCUCUGGCUUAGUUGUUGUGCUGCUGCUGAAGAAGUGCUAGCUGGCUAGUAACAGUCCAGGGUAGAGAGUCAGGGGAUCCAGAGACAUUAGCAGGAUGAGGAGGCUAUAUGAUACCGCGGAGCCCAGUUUGGUGGAUGAGGAGCUGCUGCAGAAGGCAGUGGAGGAGCAAGGCCCUCAAGACCAGGCUGGGCGGAUUGCCAAGGAGGAGGGCAUCCAGUAUGAUGAAGUCUGCCAAUUGCGCCUAGACUACAGGAGUAUUCUGUCCAUAGACAUCCUGUGGCAGUUCACGUCUCUGACCAAGCUACAACUGGACAAUAACAUCAUUGAGAAGAUUGAAGGACUGGUGCGCCUCACUAAUCUGAAGUGACUAGAUUUGUCCUUCAAUAACAUUGAGGGGAUCGAGGGGUUGGAUUCUCUGGUGAAGCUGGAAGACUUGAGUCUGUACAACAACAGAAUCUCUGUCAUUGAGAACAUGGACACACUCCUAAACCUACACGUUCUCUCUAUUGGGAACAACUUCCUGGCUCAGUUGGAAAAAUUGAUGAAUGUGAUCUACCUCCGAAAGUUCAAGAACCUGCGCACUCUCAACCUAGCUGGAAACCCCAUCUGCAAAGAGGACCACUACAAGAUCUUUGUUGCUGCCUAUCUUCCAGAGUUGGUUUACUUGGACUUCAGACUAUUGGAUGAACAAACACGAGAGCAGGCGUUUGGAAAAUACCAGUAUGCCAUUGAGGAGAUGCGCCACAAUGAGGCCCAAGAGAGAAGGACGAUGGACGCUAGGCAAGAGCAAGAGGACGAGCUCCAGUUGCACAGGGAUGCCUUUGUGGAGCUCUUGAAUGGCCCAUAUCUGUUUGACAGCAGGUACGCAGAUGAUGCAGAGGCAGCCAAGCUGGCCUACCUCCCCAGAGUGUCUGUACUACUAGAUACAUACAAGAGCCAGCUGGUGGCGCUGUGUGUGCAGGUGUUUAAGAUUGGCUUGGCACAGCGCGGCCGGAGGGAAGACGAGGUCAAGUCGUUCUUUGACUGUUCCAGAGAAGCCGUGGACGACAACCAGCAGAGAGCAGCACAGAUCACUGCAGACUUCGAGAAAGCCAGGAGACAGGUGAUGUUUGAGAUGCAGCAGGCCACAGACACACGUCUCCUGGAGGCCCAGCUGAACCACUGCAGGGAGGAGAUCAACCAGCUCUGUGACAGCCUCAUGACCCAGGAGCUACAGCUGGUCGACCAGCUGGAGUGCCGAGACUUAGAGAACCACCACCACGAGAAGCUACUGGAAAUCGCCGUGACAACCCUGGAGCGAGUGGCCAAGAAUGAGCUGGAGGAGGAUAUGCCUGAUGAUGUCCGAAUGCUGUUUGUAGACAAGGACACAGUGAUCAAUGCAGUCAGAGCCUCCCACGACACCCACCUGCUGAAGAUCGACAACCGUGAGGACCAACUGGUGACGCGCAGCAACAGCUGGAUGAGCGCUCUGAUGAAAUUGGUACAAGAUGAAGAGGUGAAGCGGAAUCGCAAGCGCAUCUCAGAGAUUCACAACUACAUUGACUACGUGAGGGAUCAGCUGGAUGAGAUGCAACAUGAGCACCAUUGAUUAAGAAGAGAGGAAGGGAAAGGAAAUAUAGCAGAAGAAACAGUCCCAACACAGAUUCACAAGCCUCAGGCAUACAGCAAAUGCCUUUCUUUUCAUACUUACUUAUUUUUCAUG